ACAUAUAAAAAAAAGACAGAUAUUAAUUUUAAACCAAGGAAGAGGAAAGGUUGGUUCCAUUGCAGAGACAUAGACAGAGACCGAAGCAAUUCAUUCGGGGGUGGUGCGGUGGUGACAGAGGAAGAAGAAGAACCCUAAUCUAACUAUCCUCUGUCCCCGAAAAUGAGCGGUCACAUAACAAGGAGGAACAGUGCCCCUCAUAGACGCCCUCCCUCCUUGUCCAAGAAGAUCGAUAACGGAAGCCUUAGCGAACCUCCCAGCAAGGCUUCUUCUCCGCCACCUCAAGAGUUUGAUGGGGGAGAAAGGACAGUCAGGAAGCUCAGGUUAUCCAAGGCCCUUACUAUAUCUGAGGGGACCACGGUUUCUGAAGCUUGCCGCCGAAUGGCAGCUCGCCGUGUUGAUGCUGUCUUGUUGACUGAUUCAAAUGCAUUGCUCUCUGGAAUCAUGACUGACAAGGACAUUGCUACUAGAGUUAUAGCUGAGGGUUUAAGGCCAGAGCAGACGAUGGUGUCAAAAGUAAUGACUCGGAAUCCUAUAUUUGUGACAUCUGAUUCGAUGGCCCUAGAAGCUCUUCAGAAGAUGGUCCAAGGUAAAUUCAGGCACCUCCCUGUUGUGGAAAAUGGUGAAGUCAUUGCUAUACUGGAUAUCACCAGAUGUCUUUAUGAUGCCAUAACUAGGAUGGAGAAGGCUGCGGAGCAGGGCAAUGCCAUUGCUGCUGCAGUUGAAGGGGUGGAACGCCACCGGCGUAGCAAUGUAUCUGCUAAUGCUUUGAUAGAAACAUUGAGGGAGCACAUGUUCAAGCCUUCCCUGUCAACUCUAAUGGGGGAAAAUACAAAGGUUGCUAUUGCAUCACCUGCGGAUCCUGUCUAUGUAGCUGCAAAGAAGAUGCGGGACUUGCGUGUUAAUUCAGUUGUUAUUGUGUCCGUAUCGGGAACCAAGAUUCAGGGGAUACUCACUUCAAAGGACAUACUAAUGCGUGUUGUGGCUCAAAAUCUUUCACCUGAGUUGACUCUAGUGGAAAAGGUAAUGACUCCAAAUCCAGAUUGUGCAUCAGUAGAUACAACAAUACUGGAUGCGCUGCAUAUGAUGCAUGAUGGAAAAUACUUGCAUCUUCCUGUGGUAGACAAAGAUGGAUGUAUAGCUGCUUGCAUGGAUGUUUUGCAGAUAACUCAUGCUGCAAUUUCAACGGUUGAGAGUAGCGCUGGAGCUGUUAAUGAUGUGGCAAAUACAAUUAUGCAAAAAUUUUGGGACUCAGCUUUUAAUGUAGAGCCACCAGAAGAUUCUGAUACUCAUAGUGAAAUUUCUGGGCUAAUGACAUCAGAUGGGGCAGAGACAUCAAAAUCUGCGUAUCAAUCUGCAGGUUUUGGAAAUUCAUUUGCCUUCAAACUUCAGGAUCUCAGUGGUCGUGUGCAUCGAUUCAACUGUGGUACUGAACAUCUAGAUGAGCUAGUUUCUUCAGUCAUGCAGAGAGUUGAUGUUAAUGGUGGAGAACGCCCUACAAUUUUGUAUGUGGAUGAUGAAGGUGAUAAAAUUGUUCUUGCAACUGAUAGUGAUCUUGUUACUGCUGUCAGCUAUGCUAGGUCUGCAGGGUUGAAGGUUUUGAAGUUGCAUUUGGAUUGUAGCAGUUCAACCAAAGCAACCACUCCAAAAUCUUGUACAGCCACCAGACGGAAAACUAGUGCUUUGUCUAUGCGCUCUAGUAUUUUUGCAAGUGCACUUGUUGUAACAAGCAUUGGCAUGAUGGUCUACUUAAAGCGCUCCAGACAAUGAUUUGCUAAUUUGGGGAGACUAAAAGCAAUAAUGGCUCUGUAAAAGUUCUAGAGCACUAUUGCCUUUUUAAAGGCUCAUUACACUCAAGGAAGAUAUGUGAGGUUCUUAAACUCGAGUCUUUUUGUUUUGGGGUUAAUUCUUUUUCCCCAUGGUCACUCCAAGGUGAGUAGUUAAGAUAGCCACUUAUAUUUUUUGUCUCUGAUGUAAUUGCAAUCAGUAAUCCCUCGUCCUUGUAGUGGGACUAUGUAUAGAUAAUGUCUUGGCAUAAAUAUAUUCAGAUAAUGUCUUGAGGCAUAAUAUAUUCAGAAAUGACAAGGCGUUAUUCAUUUUUGCUCGAA